ACGUGAAGAAUGCAAUGCCGCAAUGGAACACAAGACAAGACACGAACGAAGCCAAGUAGCAGUUCUUCCUCACUUUUUUUUCCAAUCUUUUCACUUCAUUUCAUAGUUCGUACUAUUAAAAAGCUGCAGUGUUCACUUUUUUACCACAAAACUUGGGAAUCAAAUGAUACUGCUACUAUUACUGUGUCUCUUUCUUUUAUUAGCCAUUCAAUCCUGACUGACAGACACAACAUCCUUAGCCAGCACACACAUAACACAACACAUUCAUUCACUAACAUUAUUUGCACUUCACUUCUAUUUCUUUUCUGUUCUGCGAUGGAACUUGUCCCUUACUCUGACCCUAACUCUGCCACCACCACCCCACCGUGGCACGACAUGUUCCGAUCCGCAUCCCUCCGAAAACCCACCUCCGAUCCUCCUCCUCCUCCUCCGCCGCCGUCAAAUGCCGACCAAAAAGUCAACCCCUCCUGCGACUCUCAGUCUCAGGCGCGCCUUGCCCUCUACAUAGCCAUGGCCCACGCCGGGCUCGCCAUGGCCAUUCUGAUCCUCUUCUCUCUCUACAAACUCCUCCAACAGUACCUCAAACCCUUUCAAUGGGCCGUUCUCUGUUCCAUCCCUCUCAGACUCAUUCACCAAACCAUCGUUUGCUUUUGGUCUCACCCUCUCAAACUAGGCCUCCUUCACACCCUCCUCGCCCUUCCCCUCACCGUCUUCACGCUCUUCAUUACAACCCUUGUUGAGAUUCGUGAAGCUUCUCUCAGAACCCUUCUCAGGAAGCCGAAGCCUGAGAAUGAGAAUGACAACACAAAUAAGCGUAGCGGCUUUUCCACCGUGCUUCGUUUGCUCUUGUCCUUUGGGGUGUUUGUUGCUGCUUAUGAGAGGCUUGGUGCUGUUGGGUCUCUGUCACUUCUAGGAUUAGGCUUUGUUUUCAGUUCCAAGAACAUGGAUUUCAGUUUCUCACUUUUCUUUCCCUCUGGUGCGUUUUUCACAAGAGGGGUAUUGAAGAGGUUGAAAACCGUUGUGGCUGUUGGGUUGAUUGUUGGCAUGAUUGUUGGGUUCUUGAGUGGGGUUAUAUUCUUCUCUUACAAGAUUGGCGGCGAAGGGAAAGAGGCAGUGAUUUCGCUGAAGGUUCGAGUGGAAGAGAACAAUUACGCUGAGAGAAUCGGUGUGAAGAAGUGGAUGGAGGAGAAUGAUGUUGCUGGGAUGGUGGAUAAGUACACUAGUCAGUUUUAUGAGACGGUUUCUGAUCAGAUUGAUGGGUUGGCAAUGCAGUACAAUAUGACUGAAUUUGUGACGGUUAUUAAGCAGUUUGUGAUAACUGCUCCUGCUAGUGCUAGUGCUAACUCUUCUUCAACGAAUUCGUUAAUGGUGCCUUCACCAUACACAGAAAAGCUCUUGAGUUUGAAGGGUAGGGUUAGGAAUAAGGAGUGGGGCGAGAUUUAUGCAGAACUUGAUACCCUUUUCCAAGAGCUUAUAAUUACUAGGGAGGAUUUGGUUGAGAAGGCAAAAGGGUAUGCGGUUAAAGGGAUGGAUGUUGGUCAGCGUGUUUUGGCUAGUGGUACAAGUGUGCUUGGAAGUGGUGCAAAGUUUGUGAUCUCCAUUUUGAAUUCCAUAGUCUCUGGUGCUGCGGAGGUUUUCAAUUUUGUGUCUCAGGCAAUGGUGUUUUUCUGGGUUUUGUAUUAUCUCAUCACAUCAGAGUCAGGUGGGGCAACAGAACAAGUGAUGAACAUGGUUCCGAUGUCAAACUCGGCUAGGGUCAGGUGUGUUGAAGUGUUGGAUAAGGCUAUUUCAGGAGUCCUUUUGGCCACUGCUGAGAUUGCAUUCUUCCAAGGAUGCCUGACUUGGCUUUUGUUUCGGCUAUACAAAAUACAUUUCUUAUAUGUGUCAACUGUCAUUGCCUUCCUUAGCCCUUUGCUACCAAUAUUUCCAUCUUGGCUUGCAACAAUUCCAGCAACACUACAGCUGGUACUAGAAGGCAGAUACAUAGUGGCCAUUUUCUUGUCUGUUGCUCACCUUUUCCUCAUGGAUUAUGGGGCAACUGAGAUUCUGGAAGAUGUGCCUGGACACAGUGCAUAUCUUACUGGACUGAGCAUCAUUGGGGGAAUGGCUUUGUUUCCAUCAGCUCUAGAGGGAGCUAUUUUGGGGCCAUUGAUAACUACAGUCAUGAUUGCUCUGAAGGAUUUAUAUGCUGAAUUUGUUUUGGGCGAACCUGAUGACAAGGUAAAGGAGAAGGCAAAUUAGGUUUCUAUUUGUGUCUAUGACUGUAUAUAUUUGCGGUUGAAGAUGUCUGCUAGAGUGCUACUACAUUGUUCUUUGCCAUUCUACCAGUGGAGCCUGUCUAGGCCGUCAUUUGUUUGUAAUUAUUCUUUUCAUCUAUCAUUUGAUUAUUGUGAUUGAUAAAAUAGGACUUUGUUUUCCUCUUCUUCUUCUUCCUCCAUUUUAAGGGUCUCAAAUAUUUUCACUUGGUGGCUAUGUUUGAUAGGUGCACCGAUGCACCUGCGCAUCUAGACCCACCAGCUCCAUAUAUACAAAUAUAUAUCUUAUUAUUUCAAACA